AUGCCUCGUGGACCUCGUAAGCACCUGAAGCGCUUAAGCGCCCCAAAGCACUGGAUGCUUGGUAAGCUGGACGGUAUCUGGGCACCACGUCCGUCGUCCGGCCCGCAUAAGCUGCGCGAGUGUUUGCCGCUUAUUAUUAUUCUGCGUAACCGCCUCAAGUAUGCUUUAACUAAGCAGGAAGUUACUAUGAUCUGCAUGCAAAAGAGUGUUAAAGUGGAUGGUAAGGUCCGCGUGGAUCCGGACUUUCCAGCUGGUUUUAUGGAUGUUGUUGAGAUUCCCAAGACCGGUGAUCAGUUCCGUCUAUUGUACGACACAAAGGGUCGCUUUGUGCUCCACCGCAUCUCAGACGAUGAGAAAAAAUUCAAGCUUGCCAAGGUGAUUCGUCAAGAGUAUACUAAGAAAGCCAUUCCGUAUAUUGCUACAAAUGACGGACGCACGAUCAGAUACCCAGAUCCUAUCAUUAAGGUUGGUGACACGGUCAAGAUUGACCUUGAAACUGGCAAGAUUGUCGAUCACAUCAAGUUUGAAGUUGGUAACCUUGUGGCUAUCACCCGUGGACGUAAUGCUGGUCGCGUAGGCAUUCUACACAAUGUUGAAAGACAUCAGGGUUCAUUCAACAUUGCGCACGUUAAAGACUCAGCCGGCCACGACUUUGCCACUCGUCUCGGUAAUGUCUUUGCUAUUGGUAAAGAAGCUCGCCCGUGGGUUUCUCUGCCUAAGGGAAAGGGUGUGAAACUUAACAUUCUGGAGGAGCGUGAACUUAAGGAGAAGAAGUCUCAUAACUAA